AUGACGGCUAACAUCAUAGACCUAGGUGCACUAAGCAGGUAUGACAUCUCCCUCGAGACGGCCUUCGUGCCUGAGGUUGCGACGGCGACAUCUCUCCCUCCUCCAUUUGCACCGAUAGAGGGCCUCCUUUCGCAUCCUCCGUUGCCAGAGGCGAUCUCCUCAGGGGAGCUGCGAGACAAGGUCCGCGAGCUCCCCCUGUACCGACCGGGUGACUGCUCAAGAUUGUCACUGGCCGAGAAACGGCGAAUGUUGGUCAUUCUGACCUUCGUCGCCCACGGAUACAUCUGGGGCAACGGUGUGCUGCCGGUGAUAGACCGGCUCCCAGAGUCGAUAUCCGUCCUCUUAGACCGCCUGAGUGCAGAAUUGGGUACGGCACCGUUGGGAACGUACGCCUCUACGGUCUUGUGGAAUUCACGGCGGAAGGACGAGGCGAAAGGUUGGACGUUGGACAACGUAUCCAUCGACCUCACAUUCACGGACACCACGGAUGAGAAUUGGUUUUACAAUGUGAGUGUGUGCGUGGAAGCAGCCGGAGGGAAGGCACUAUCGAGUCUCCUCCAGGUCUUGUUCGAGAUCCGCGAGGACAGUCCGCGCCGAGUUCACAUCCAAGAAUGUUUCCUCGAAGCCCAGAAUUCUCUGGGUAAAAUGCUCGUCAUACUUAAAGAAGUUGCUCGAAUGAACAACGCGACUUUCUACCAGAAGAUACGACCGUACUUUGGGGGAUGGAGCCUCGUCAACAACCGAGGGGUCCACUACGACGGGGUUGAUGAGCCGUCCACGUAUCGGACGUACGUCGGGAUCUCGGCCGCUCAGUCGUCCCUCUUCCAGGCCUUCGAUAUCAUCUUGGGCAUCUCCCACGGUGAGUUUGUAGCAGCUUACCUCCGGAACAUCCGCACGCAUAUGCCAUCCUCCCACCGGGAGUUCUUGGGCCACUUGGAGACCGAUUUUGGCGGAACUCUCAGCAGCUUUAUCGACCAUCAGCCAGAUCUCGCAGAUGGCUAUCAUCGAUGUCGUCGUAUCCUGCGCGAUUUCCGCGCGACUCACAAGAGCUUCGCUAAGCGGUACGCUGUUGAACCGGCAUCUUUCCCUGGUCGAUCUUUCGGACUGGCGAGGCUGCGAAGUGACGGCGGCGGAGUAGAGGGCGCUGGAGGAACACGUCUGCUGGAAUUUUUGGAAGAAAUUCAGCACGAUACGAUGAAAGUUUCGUCACCCUCGUUACCUUCGUCACCCGUGUCGAGUAGGGGUCCAGGAAUAAGUUAG